AUGACUGUAUCGUCAUUUACGUCUUUAUCUGUCGAUCCCGUACCGCGGGUCACCUUUAAUGUUUCUCUACCGAGCACAACUUAUCAAGCCCUUAUGAAAUGCGGGAGGUUCAAUGCUCAUAUACUCAGUAGCGACGACCAUGGUGUUAGGAUCGCGGAUUUAUUCACUCGAGGAAACAGACUUCCAGCAGCCGAGGAGACAACCAAAGACGCGGAACAACCAGACUUAGGUGUCCUUGCGGGUUUGGAAAAGCUCGGCGUUCAGGUGUUAGGGCGGGAGAGAUGGCGACAAGAAUGGGAGCAGGCUAAAGACUAUAGGGAAAAAGUCGCUGCCACUGGAGAUGUGGAUACGAAUAACCCCGAUGUCGAUUUGCCGCCAUCGGGCACUCUGCCGGUGUUACAAGGCCAAGGCGUUAUGCACGUGUUGAAGUGCGAAUAUCGUCACUUACUGCCUCCUGUAGAAGGAGACUUUGAUCAUCAUGCCAUUGUUAUCGGCGAAGUCCUGGACAUAAUACCCGGAGAGUCUAAGAACGAGAAUAACAUCGCACUCGCGUAUGCGGACAGGGCAUACCGACAGAUAGGGGAGAAGCUUUUAGACAGACCUACAUCUGACCAAGAAUCCUCUUCAAAAAAACAAGGAAAUUAA